AUGGAGGAGGAAGAGAUCCAAUCUGUAGAAGAGAGGCAGGCGAUCCGGGAAGAAAAGUUGAGGCAUUGGGCCCAACACAGAGAGAAAGGGCCUCUUCUGGUGUUAGCGGUGAGCCAGCUGUGGAUGGCCGUGGCUUCUGUACUCUUUGCUAUAACCACUUCAUGCCUGGAAUCAGACUGCCACCUAAAUGGAGCGGUGCCCCUCUGGCCAGGAGUUUUGGGACUGCUUACUGGGAUCUUGACCCUAGAACUUCAAAGGACACCUAGACUCUGGAAGGUAAGAGCUAUGAUGAUACUCAACUUAUCUGGGUUGAUCCUGGGGCUUGUCGUUGUUGCGGUCCAGGGGAUGAAGCUGGCCUUACUACAGUCAACCUCCUCCCAGUGGGUUGGCUCGAUGAUGCUGAAAUUGAGUGCAGAGGCCUUCACCUUAGGGGGAGCUCUGGCCUCAGCCCUUUCCCUCUUCCUGCUGAGCCAAAGAAAGCCAGGAUGCUGUGGUGCUCGGAGACUACGCUAUCAGGAGCUGCAGGAGGGCCUCUCAGAAAUGGAAGAAGUUAAAGGUAUCGAAAAUAUUCCCUCUGAAGCUAACCCAGCAAAUGAAUGA